AUGCUCUCGGUAACGUCUGGUACCACCGCUCUUGCUCGGUGGAGGACACCAACGCCAUGCAGCCAAAUGGCCUGCAUCCCGUUUGUUCAACGGCCACCGAGGCGGCCAAACCGAGCUCUUACUUCACCUCUUACUUCAACCUCGCAGCGCUUGCAUCUCGUCCAGAGCCGCCACCUAAAUGCCCAGUGCCCUACUCUGCACUUCGUAGCAAUUACCUCCCGUGUGUUCCGUCUUUUCUCCGCCUCUCGUACAAUCACCCAUAAACUUCUCGUCCGCGCUCCCCGGCGGUCUACCAUAUCCAAGUACCAAGCAACCUAA